AUGAAGAUCUCUUCUCUCUGCGGCCUCCUGGCCGUGGCAGCCAGCGUCUUAGCGUCCUCUGACCUCGACGCCCGGCAAACAGAGGAUGAGCUCGACCAAUGGCUCUCAGCCGUGCAGGCUCAGCCUCUUGCGGCCCUCAAGUCUUGUCCUAUCUCAUGCAGCACGGCUGGCGACGACUCCUGGUUUCUAUUCCCAGAUGCGUCCCACUUGGCUUCCUGCAACGAGACGAUGCUACUCAACAUCGCCGUUCAGGCGGCCGAGGAGAAUGAGAACAAGGACACGCCAGCCAUCAUCAGGGCAUGCACAGCAGACUACGACACCUCCAGGUCCAUGAGAGUAGCCUUCGUGCCCGAUUCAACCAAGGCAUCCCUCUGCGUCACUGCCAACAAGGUGCUGGAAGAAGGCUCGAUAUACAUGCACCAGCCCGGUCAGGGUGGCGAGUUUUCGGCGGGGCAUCUUGCGUCUGCUGGCGGUCAAGUCAAGAGUUAUCUUGCGUCUCAAGAGCCGUCAUGCGCCAACAACGCCCUUGCUUUUGGCUACUCGCAAUCCGCAGUCAUUGGUCUCUUUGCCGGCGCCGAGGUGCACCAACACCGCCUUACAGCCGAUGUCCUAGACAGAUUUCUUGAAUAUGCACAGGAAAAGUCCAUCUCCAGCAGUACCGUGGUGCAACUGUGCGGUGCAGAGGGCCGUGGUGCCGAUUAUAGUAUCGGCAUCGUGGCCAGCAGUGCCAAGAAACUCGAUUUUGUCCAAGAGGCAGUCAAGACGUGGGCGGAUGGUAAGUGUGUCUCCCAACCGGAUGCGGGCGAGGACUGGAUGACUGUCACUCUACGCGUUCCUGUACCAGUGGAGGAGUUGUUGUUGUCCAACAAUUCUACCAGCAACGGCACCGCCAGCUCUCAUCAGUCCACUCCUCGGGAUCUUGAUGUCUCUGUCGGUUAUUCCAGGCUGCUCCGCCGAGCCGACUGCAAGUUCACAACCGUGCAAGCGGGUGAGGGUUGUUAUGCCGUAGCACAACGAUGCGGAAUCUCUCAGACUCAACUGCAAAACUUCAACCGUGCCAACCUUUGCAAUUCGCUUGUCCGCGAAGAACGUGUCUGCUGCGGCAGCGGCACACUCCCCAGCACGCUGCCUUCUGGUAAUUCUGAUGGCACCUGCAAGACUCGCCAGGUUGUGCUGGGUGACGACUGUGGCUCGUUGGCCAACAAGUGUGGAAUUUCUGGAGAUGACUUCACCAAGGCCAACACGAAGACUGGUCUCUGCUCCAGUCUGGCGGAGGGUCAACACGUCUGCUGCAGUCAGGGUAAGCUGCCUGACUUGAGGCCUAAGCAGGGCGCCGAUGGCUAUUGCGCCGUAUACACAACCAAGGAGGACGACUACUGCUCCAAGAUAGCCGCGAGCCUCAUGCUCACCGUGGAGGAGCUCGAGAGUUUCAACAAGAACACAUGGGGCUGGAACGGCUGCAAACUGCUCUAUCCCAAGUUCAACAUGUGUGUCAGCAAAGGAGCUGCGCCCAUGCCUGCAAUUGUGCCUAACGCGGUGUGUGGACCGACCAUGAACGGCACCAUUCGACCUCCCGCCGGGACCAACAUCAGCGAGUUGAACCCGUGCCCCCUCAACGUGUGCUGCAACAUCUGGGGUCAGUGCGGUAUGACGGACGAUUUCUGUGUCGUUUCCAAGUCCGAGACGGGUGCUCCGGGCACUUCGGCUCCCGGCAAGCAUGGCUGCAUCAGCAACUGCGGCAGAGACAUCAUCAAGGGCUCCGCUCCGGCAAAGAAGGUCAAGCUUGGCUACUUUGAGGGCUGGAACUUCAACCGCAAGUGUUUGACCAUGGAUGCAAGCCAGAUCGACACAAAAACUUACACCCAUGUGCACUUCGCUUUUCCCAACGUCACGCGCGGUGACUUCCGCAUCGAGAUCACGGACCCGCUCGUGAAGGAGCAGUUUGGGUAUUUCAAGAAGCUCGAGGGCGUCAAGAAGAUUGUCUCUCUAGGCGGCUGGGACUUUAGUGCUCUCCCGGGGACUUACAUGAUUCUUCGAGAGGCGGCCCAGCCUGCCAACCGCGACCUCUUCAAGCGGAACAUCAUCUCUUUCAUCAACGAGCACAAUCUGGAUGGCAUCGAUCUUGACUGGGAAUACCCAGGUGCCCCUGACAUCCCCGACAUCCCUGCGGACGAUCCGGUUAACGGUGUCAACUACUACCGCCUUCUGGCCAGCAUCAAAGCUGAGGUCGGCAGCUCCAAGUCGGUCUCGUUCGCGGCCCCGGCAUCGUACUGGUACCUCCGGUCGUUUCCCAUCAAGCAGAUGGCUGCAGCUCUCGACUACAUUGUCUUCAUGACUUAUGAUCUUCACGGCCAGUGGGACGCCGGUAACAAGUGGACCUCGCCUGGCUGCCCAACUGGCAACUGUCUGCGGUCGCACGUCAACGAAACUGAGACCAAGGAUGCGCUUUCCAUGAUCACCAAGGCGGGUGCCGCCUCCAACAAGGUCCUCGUCGGCGUGUCCAGCUAUGGACGGUCCUUCAAGAUGGCCCAGGCCGGCUGCGAUGGCGAGACUUGCCUGUUCACGGGCGACAACCGCAAUUCGGGCGCUGCAAAGGGCCGGUGCACGGGGACGGCGGGAUACAUUUCCAACGCCGAAAUCAACGAAAUCAUGGCCACGGAGAGACGCAACAAGCUCUGGACGAAAGAAGGCUCCAACAUCAUGGUGUACGAUAACACUGAAUGGGUGGCUUGGAUGGAUGACGAGAUGAAAAAGAAAAGAUCCGAGUUCUACGAUUCGUAUAACUUCCUGGGCACAACUGACUGGGCCAUCGACCUGCAGGAAUGGUGGGACGGCUCGGGCAGCAUCACCGAUGACACCGAGGACGAGUUUGUCUAUGAGGAGUUGUCCCCUUGCACGGCCUCCUUCUCGACUCUCAAGCAGCUUGAGGACCGCAAGGGCUCCAUUCCGUCGCACUGUUUGGAGCAGUACAUCGUCGAUGUACAGAUUGCCGUUUUUGACGGCGCGCUCAAGAAGUACAAGAAGCUCAUUGACGACGGCUACGAUAAGAAGUUCUCCAUCUGGGAGGGCUACAUUAAGGAGCAGAUCCCUGGUCAGAUUAAGAAUUUCAUGGCCACCGACAAGGUCGACAAGUACUUCAAGUGCGGCGAAACCAAGACAGUUGUCUGCUGCAACACGUGCCGGAACGCUUGGUGCGGUACGGGUUGCGAAAGAUUCGAUGGCUGCAAGAAUGGUAAGCAGAUGGUGCCCCGAGACAAGUGUCCCAAGGCCGAGUUUGACCCUACGGGCUUUGGCGGUGGCCACCCCAACUCCACGUUCACCCUGACCGACCGGGAGGGCUUCUUCAAGGACAUUCUCGAGACUUGGGGAAUCGAGGAGGAGUGGAUCAGAUUCGACAAGCGCCAAAUGUCCACCCCCAACGGCUGCCAGUUCGCCGGCAAGGAUGUCAACGACUGCAUCGCGUGGAAUGGCAUCUUCUUCCACAACUUCCCCACCAUGGACGGCGGCAAGACGAAAAUUCACAACCCCAAGGAUGUCAUCGUCAAGGCUCUCCCCGGCACCCAGGGACUUCUCGACCGGUACCGCGACAUGAAGACGUUCGCCGAGUUCGAGGACGACAUUGAAAUGUCGGAUCUCACCGACGCCGGCUCGCUGCCGGCCUUCGCCGUCGAGGAGGCGGUCGCGCAGAUGGAGAAGAUCGUCGAGGAGGCCAAAGAGAUUGAGAAGAAGCGCCGCGAGGAGUUCAUCCUCAACAUGAUCAUGGGCUUCCUCUUCUUCAUUCCCUUCAUCGGCCCCGCCGGCGGCGGCGCCCUCGCGACCGGCGUGCGCACUCUGCUCCGGUUGAUCGAGGUCGGCGCCGAAGUCGGUGUGGCUGUCUACAGCGUCGUCAAAGACCCGGAUAACGCCUUCAUGACCGUUUUCAGCACUCUCUUGGGCGCCGGCUUUAGCCGCGGAGGGUUCCGAAGCGCUGCCGGGUCAAGGCGCGGCAUGAGCUCUGCGGAGUAUAACAGUCUCGGCAACAUCAAGCCUAAGCUCGAUACGAUUAACAGUCUCCGGGGUGGCAUGUGUUCUCUGUAG